GUAACUGCAUUAUAUCCAAUCCCCUAGACCAACCUUGAUCAAUAACUAUAAGAUAUAUUUACUAAAAGCUUAUAUGAUAUUCAUGAUAUAGUGACAGAUUGCACGGGUAGCACGUGCCUUUAUGAGGGAUGCAAUGCAAGGACAGUGCCUUCAUAGAUAUUGCAUAUAUAAAGACAAGAGACAGAGUAGUUGGUGACUUCCUCAAAUAUAUGACACGAACCAAUUCAAUACUAUGAAACGGUGAAUUAAUGCAACCGCCGCAAUAAGUUGGUCUUAAUUAUAUAAGAUUUUGUCCUUACACACCAUAUAUCAUACGUAUACCAUUUCCUCCACUUUUUGUCAUCAAUCAUAUUAUGAAGUGAUUCUCAAAUUUCAUAUCAAAAUGAAAGUAGCAUGGAGAUUCAUUACGUUCAUAGUAAUUAUUGGGGUGAUGGUGUCUCUCCAAUUGAAUUCAUGUCAUGGGUUGGUACUUGAAAAGAUGAGGGAGAGGAUGGUGAGAUAUCCAUUGGAGGUUUUAUUGAAGUGGAAUGGUAAAGAAGGAGUCAUUGAUACAUGCUUUUGGUUUGGAGUGGAAUGCAAUGUUGUGAACUUGCACAUUGGCCAACAAGGGGAUAUACCAUAUAGCAGGAAACUUAUACAAACAGAAAAUUCUGCUAACUCACACAAAACCAAGAAGGUUGAUGACAAAGAGACUUCUUCACCAUCAUCAUCACCAUUUUCUAAACAUAUUUCACCAUCACAAAGUGUCUCAAAUUCACCAUCUCCAUCAAUUUUCCUUCAAUCAUCAAUAGCAUCACCGGAACUUUCCCCUUCGCCAUCAAUCUCUCCCUCGCCUUCACCUGUAAUAGCGCCGACAACUUCAGACUUACCACUUACAUCAAAUCCACCUACAAUUGUGUCCACACAAGAACAUUCUAAUUGGAUUUCAGCAACUUCUCCUACUUCAUCUUCAAACCAAAGGAAUUCAAACAGUUCAAACCAAAAGCAACAUUCUGUUAUUAUAUGGUCAACAGUUGGAGGGUUCUCCUUCCUGGUUUUGGUGUCAUUCGCUGUUUUUGUUUGCUUCAGAAGUAGUAAGGUUGCUACCGUAAAACCUUGGGCUACAGGGUUGAGUGGCCAGCUUCGAAAAGCAUUUGUAACAGGUAUUCCAAGUCUUAAACGAGCCGAACUAGUAGUAGCUUGUGAAGAUUUCAGCAACAUUAUUGGUUCUUUACAAGACGAGACUAUCUAUAAGGGAACUCUUUCAAGUGGAGUUGAGAUAGCUGUAGUAUCCUCUUCCAUGACUUCAUCUCAAGACUGGUCAAAAACUAUGCAAGCUCAGUUCCGAAAGAAGAUUGAGAUGUUAUCAAGGGUAAACCAUAAGAACUUUGUGAAUCUUAUUGGUUAUUGUGAAGAGAAUAAGCCAUUCACAAGGAUGAUGGUUUUUGAGUAUGCUCCAAAUGGAACGCUGUUUGAGCAUCUACAUAUUAGAGAAGCCGAACAACUAGACUGGAGGACGAGAAUGAGGAUAGCUAUGGGAAUAGCAUACUGUCUAGACCACAUGCAUCAUCUAACACCACCUAUUGCACAAAGAAACCUUCUGUCUUCCUCUAUAUACCUCACCGAAGAUUAUGCUGCUAAAAUAUCAGACCUUAGUUUCUGCACCGACAAAGUCAAUACAAAGAAGGUUUCCGAAAAAACCUCAGCAGAAGAAAUAAACGAUAAUGUGUAUAGCUUUGGCGUAAUAUUGUUUGAAUUGUUAACAGGAAAAAUUCCCUAUGCAGUGGAAAAUGGUUUUCAUACAGAUUGGGCUGCAGAAUAUAUAAAAGGACAACCAUUGAGAGAGUUGGUCGAUACAACCAUAUUGAACUCUUUGAAAGAUCAUGAAAUUGAGAAAUGGUCAGAAGUGAUUAAUAAUUGUGUAGAUCUUGAUCAAGAAAAAAGGCCAUCAAUGAAAGAGAUUACAUCUAAGUUGAAGGAGAUUACUGACAUGGAACCUGAUGGAGUAACUCCAAAAUCAUCACCUCUUUGGUGGGCUGAAGUUGAAAUUAUGUCCACAGAUUUAUGUUGAGACAUUAGUUCAUGGAUUUGAUUCGUUUACGGUAUCGGUGUAAAUAACUUUUGCACUGUCAAUCAAUCAUAACUGUUAGAUCAUUUAAAUCGUUUGACUUUAAUCAUGACUACUUUUAAAGUCAUAUAUUUGAUUGGUUGUGAUUAAAGUCAUAUAACAAGGGAAAAUAAUGCGAGCAAAACUCCGAAUUUGGAGUUUGAUGCCAUGUUGUUCUUUGUUUUUUUCUUCUUUCUUAUUUUGUAAUAAUUAUUUUUAGAUUCUUGUUAUGAAGAUAACAAACAAAAGUACUGAAGUAGGGUGUGUAUAGAAGAGACAGCUUUUGUCUCAGUAGAAUGAUUGAUUUUUGUAAAUAUUUGAUUAAUGGAGAGAGCUAUCAAUA